UCCUGCCUGGCGCGCAGCUGGAGCUCUGUACCAACUCUAGUCCGCCGCGCUCCGGAGUGGCUGGCAGCCGGUCGACUUGACGGCGUGUGGGCCGCAGCUCCGCUCCCAGGUUGGCCCGGCGGCCCUGAGGAGACCGGGGCAAGGAGGAGGAGCCGGGAUCGCUGUCCUGUUCACCGUCGGAGUUUCCGGGGCUCCGUCCGCUUUCCACAGGCUCAUCCCGCCCGGCUCGUGGGCUCCUCCUCUGCAGCCUGCGGCGCAAGCGGCCGUCUGGACCGCCGCAAGCGUGGCGGGCUGGGCGGACACCUCAGAGGAGGGAGCGAGGCCCUCGGUCUCCAGUGCCUCGGCGAGCAGACCCGAGCUGGUGCGGCUGGCUGGAGCUGUGGUUUCCCCCGGGGGCGAGUGCGGUCAGAGCGAACGGCGCUUCCGUUCGUCGCAGGGACCGAGCUUGAAUUUGAUCACAGCAUUUGAGAGAGAUUCAUAAUUUGUUACAACCAAGCAUUUGACGUUGGCUCCUACUCUCCAGAAUUCUUUUGUGAGAAUUAAGUUGUGCAGAAGCAAAAGGGCUUUGAAGGGCCUGCUCCCAGCUGCACUGCAGGUUCUGGCAGGGUGUCAAGAUGUGACAUUUUUUGGAUACAUGAGACAUCGUGGAAUGGGUCAUUCAGAAGCUUGGAGGAUGACUAGUGGAGGAUUAUCUUUGGAUUUUGAAGAAAUUAAUUUCUAAUGUUCUGUUUGCAUAAUUUGAUCUCCUGGGAUUCUGCCUUAGCAAGAAAGAAGUUGGAAAUACUCCCACAAGAAAACUAAAACUAUAAGAAAGCCACAACUUAUUCAUGGUUCUCAGCUCCCUUGCAAAUAUGGACAGUUUUCCUAAUAUAUUUCCACCUGGUGGAGAUAGUAAACUAAAUCCUGAACCUGAGUUCCAAAAUAUGUUAAUUGAUGAGAGAGUACGAUGUGAACAUCAUAAGCAUAAUUAUCAGGCUCUGAAAGUUGAACACACAAGGUUGCAAGAAGAAUACAUAAAAUCACAAAAUGAACUUAAGCGCCUAUUACAUGAAAAGCAAACUAACCAGGAAAAAUUCCAACUGCUCCUUGAAGAGCUGAGAGGGGAUUUAAUAGAGAAAAUUAAAGACUUGGAAAAAAUGAAACUGCAGGUAUUAACGCCACAAAAAUUGGAAUUGGUAAAAGCUCAAAUACAACAAGAAUUAGAAGCUCCAAUGCGAGAGCGUUUUCGGACUCUUGAUGAAGAAGUUGAAAAGUAUAGAACUGAAUAUAAUAAGCUUCGCUAUGAACAUACAUUUCUCAAGUCAGAAUUUGAACACCAGAAAGAAGAGUUUACACGUAUUUCAGAAGAAGAAAAAAUGAAAUAUGAAUCAGAGGUUGCAAGACUGGAGAAAGACAAAGAAGAGCUGCAUAACCAGCUGCUUAGUGUUGAUCCCACAAGAGACAGCAGACGAGUGGAGCAUCUUGUUCGAGAAAAAAACCAUUUGCUUCAGAAAUUGAAAGGUUUAGAGGCAGAAGUAACAGAAUUAAGGGCUGAAAAAGAGAAUUCUGGUGCUCAGGUAGAAAAUGUCCAAAGAAUACAGGUGAGGCAGUUGGCUGAGAUGCAGGCUACACUCAGAUCCCUGGAGGCUGAAAAGCAGUCAGCUAAGCUACAAGCUGAACGCUUAGAAAAAGAGCUACAGUCAAGCAAUGAGCAAAAUACUUGUUUGAUCAGUAAAUUGCAUAAAGCUGACCAAGAAGUAAAUGGACUGACCAGCAAAGUACAAGAACUUAAACAUUCAAACAAACUGGAAAUAACAGACAUCAAACUGGAGGCAGCAAGAGCUAAGAGUGAGCUGGAAAGAGAAAGGAAUAAGAUUCAAAGUGAACUGGAUGGAUUGCAGUCAGACAAUGAAAUUCUCAAAUCAACUGUGGAACACCACAAAGCACUCUUAGUAGAAAAAGAUCGAGAAUUAAUACGUAAAGUACAAGCUGCCAAGGAAGAAGGUUAUCAGAGACUUGUGGUGUUACAAGAUGAAAAGCUAGAGCUGGAGAACAGAUUAGCAGACUUAGAGAAGAUGAAGGUGGAGCAUGAUGUCUGGAGGCAAUCUGAAAAGGAUCAGUGUGAAGAGAAGUUACGGGCUUCACAGAUGGCAGAAGAGUCAGCCCGAAGGGAACUUCAAAGUAUUAGGUUAAAACUUCAACAACAAAUUGUAAAUACUGAAAAUGCAGAGAAAGAAAAAAAUGAAAAUUCUGAACUGAAACAGCAAAUCAGUCGUUUGCAGCUCCAAGUGACUUCAUUGGCACAGUCAGAGAAUGACUUGCUGAAUUCAAACCAAAUGCUAAAGGAAAUGGUGGAGAGAUUAAAACAAGAAUGCCGAAAUUUGAGAAGCCAAUCUGAAAAAGUGCAGCUAGAAGUUGAAAAGACAUUGGAGGAAAAACAGAUACAGUGGUUGGAAGAAAAACAUAAGCUUCAUGAGCGUAUCAAGGACAGAGAAGAAAAGUAUAAUCUAGCUAAAGAGAAAUUACAGCGAGCCGCAACUGCUCAGAAAAAAAGAAAAGCUCUUCAUGAAAACAAAUUGAAGAGACUGCAAGAGAAAGUAGAAGUCUUGGAAGCAAAGAAAGAAGAAUUGGAGACAGAAAACCAGGUUUUAAAUAGACAAAAUGUUCCAUUUGAAGACUAUACAAGGCUUCAAAAACGACUAAAGGAUAUACAGAGAAGACAUAAUGAAUUUCGAAGUCUGAUUUUGGUCCCUAACAUGCCUCCAACAGCAUCUAUCAAUCCUUCUAGCUUUCAGUCAUCAGCCAUGGUUCCUGGCAUGGAACUUUCCUUUCCUCCUCAUUUGCAGGAGGAACAGCAUCAAAGGGAACUCUCUCUACUUCGAAAAAGACUGGAAGAACUAGAAACAACACAAAGGAAACAGCUAGAGGAACUUGGAACUCCUGGAGAUUGAUGUUGCAGGAAAGGCAACUAUAGCAAAAGGGGUGAAGUCAGAGACUUGAUAAAGCAUGAAGUUUAACAUGUAGCAUUGAGGUACUUUAUUACUGUUUGCCAAAAUCCAUGA